AUGUCAGAGAGUGUUCCCAAGAGCCGUGCCAAAGAACUUCGUCAAGAGACUGUGCUAUGUCGAAUUAAAUAUCAUAACAAUUUGCCGGAACUACCUUUCGACCCGAAGUUCUUGACAUAUCCGUUUGAUUCUUCUCGAUUUGUCCAGUAUGCACCAACAUCUCUUGAACGUAAUCACAAACACGAAUUACUUUGCGAAACAAGCGUCGGUGUCAGUGUUGAUCUUAUUGAUCCGGAUGCUUUCAAAAUCUCACGCAAUUUUAACUUGCAUCCUGAUGAUGAAAAACUUGUAAAUGAAACUGAAACAAACGAAUUAAAUGAGAGAAAAUCUCGACAUCGUCGUUCUGUUGCCUGGUUGCGUAAAACUGAAUACCUUUCUACCGAACACUACAAUAAAUUUAAUAAAUCGGUGAAAAUUGAGACCAAGCUUGGUCAUAAUAUUAAACAGCGCUUUGCUGAAGAAAUUGUCUAUCGUGAUAAAGAUAGCCAGGUUAAGGCUAUUGAAAAGACCUUCGCGGCUGCCAAGAAGCCCAUUAUUAACCAUUAUAGUAAAAAAGAUGUUAAGGCUGUUGAAGUUUUGCCUAUUCUUCCUGAUUUUACGUUGUGGAAGUAUCCUUGUGCUCAGGUCAUUUUUGAUGACGAUCCUUCUCGGUCUUCAAAUCACCCUGAGGAUGUUACACAAGCAGUUAUUCGAGGUAUGGUGGACAAUAUGGGUGACCACUUUGUUGUGUAUUUCCUACCGACUGAGGAAACGAAGGAGCAACGUCGACGUGAUGCUGAAAACCAUAUCGCCUACUCGGAGGACGUCACUUACGAGUAUGAGAAAGCGAGGGAGUACAAUUGGAACGUUAAGAACAAGACUAUGGCCAAUUAUGAAGAGAGCUACUUCUUUGUCUUUCGUGAGGCCACUGAGGAAUAUCCUGCCGGCGUGUACUACAACGAACUUGAGACCCGUGUUCGAUUGAGCAAGCGUCGAAAGUUGCAAUCCACAUUCAGUGGUCCACAGCCCGCAGGCAAAGUCCGACUUGUGGUGAAACACCGUGAAGCUAAUUACUACGAGUCUCAAGCCCAAAUGGAGCGAUUGGAAAUGCUCAAACAGGAAUCUGAGUUAGACGAACCUGAAGAUGAGGGAGCAGCAGGUUCUGGUGGAGGUAAAAGUGAGAAGUCUGACCAAGAACACGAAUCAGGCAGUGGUAAUGAAGAUAUACAUGAGAGUAGUUCCCUGGCGAAUUCUCACGAAUCUUCACCUUCUCCUAGUACUUCAAGACGUCAUUCCAGUGGUCGUCAACAAUCGGAAAGUGAACAGGAUGUUGGACACGACCAUAGCAGUCUAUCAGAAGACGAAGAGUCAGAGAAAUCACCUCCCCAAUCCCGUCGACAGUUGACGACCCCUUCAGCGCCAUCUAAACAUCACUCAAUGACUAAUGUAUUUUCUUCCUCCUCUGAUGAUGAAGACAUGCUUGAUCACCAUCGUCAUCAUCGCCAGACAGAUCCUCGUCGUAACCCAACGACCGUGGCAGCGCCUGCUCAACGUCAAUCUCAACGCAGACAAACACCGGAAUCUUCCGAUCUCUCAAACGACAGCUCUCCCGAACCAAAUCGAUAUGCCUCGGAUAGAAAUACUCGCAAAAGACCGUCUACUCAAGAGCUCGAAAACAGUGAAAUCGAAAGUGGAAGUGAUCAUUCACUAUCCCCUCCACCUCGGAGUAGGCGACGUCAGGAUACGAUUAGGGCUUCUGCUCCCAGAAGAACGGACUUGAGUGAGAGCGAUUUAAGCAGCCUUUCCGAUUAA